AUCGCCCUACGAAGGCGACUACUCUCCGACUCAAGCCAUUAUAACCCCGCUCUCUUCGGACUUCCUCGUCGGUUGCUUCAGAUCCGUCCUAGCGCCGGGGCUUGAAUCCUUUGGAUUCCGCCCGUGUUGAUGAAGAUCCACCUGCUAUCCCUCUGAUCCGGAGAAGAAGGUUUCCUUUUUGUGGCGCUCAAUUCUAUAGGAAGAUGGCGGUGUCUAGUCCAGUGACCCCCGGUCAGGUGUCAUUCUUGCUUGGCCUUUUUCCUGUUAUUAUUGCGUGGCUAUAUUCAGAAAUUCUGGAAUACCGGAAGUCUUCCUCUCCGAUGAAAGUUCACUCAGAUGUAAAUCUGGAUGGCCUGGACAAUGAAACAGUCAGGGAAGAUGAUCGGGAUGCUUUGCUUGAAGGAGGUUUAUCAAGACCUUCUUCUGCAAGACUUCAUAAUUUGUCAGUUAGAGCAAAUUUAAUCAGGUUUAUAUCAAUGGAUGAGCCUUUCUUGCUUGAACAUCGAGAAGCAUUGAGAGCCAUGGCAGAAUUUGGGUCAAUUCUCGUUUACUUCUAUAUUUGUGAUCGGACAACUCUGUUCUCACAAUCCACCAAGAGUUACAGCCGGGACCUGUUUCUUUUUCUUUAUAUCCUUCUUAUUAUAGCAUCAGCCCUGACUUCUCUGAAGAAGCACCAUGACAAGUCAACUUUUACAGGGAAAUCUAUAUUUUACUUAAAUCGUCAUCAAACUGAGGAAUGGAAAGGAUGGAUGCAGGUUCUAUUCUUAAUGUAUCACUACUUUGCUGCCUAUGAAAUAUACAACGCGAUAAGAGUGUUCAUUGCUGCUUAUGUUUGGAUGACUGGCUUCGGAAACUUCUCUUACUAUUAUGUUCGCAAGGAUUUUAGUGUUGCCCGGUUUGCUCAGAUGAUGUGGCGGCUUAACUUUUUUGUGUCAUUUUGUUGCAUUGUCCUGAACAAUGAUUACACCCUGUACUAUAUCUGCCCCAUGCACACACUCUUUACUCUCAUGGUGUAUGGAGCCCUUGGCAUUUUUAACAAGUAUAAUGAGAUUGCACCCGUAAUGGCUGUGAAGAUAAUAUGCUGCUUUCUGGUGGUUAUUUUAAUCUGGGAAGUUCCCGGGGUAUUUGAUCUCCUGUGGGCUCCUUUCACGUUCCUAAUAGGAUACAAAGAUCCCGAUCCUUCCAAAUCAAACUUACCACUCUUACAUGAGUGGCACUUCAGAUCAGGCCUUGAUCGCUAUAUUUGGAUUGUCGGAAUGAUAUAUGCUUAUUACCAUCCAACUGUUGAAAGAUGGAUGGAGAAGAUCGAAGAAUCUGAUACAAAAAGGAGGCUGUAUAUCAAAACAAGCAUAGUUUCUGCUUCAUUAUUGGUUGGUUAUUUAUGGUAUGAGUACAUCUACAAACUAGACAAAAUUACCUACAACAAGUUCCAUCCAUACACAUCAUGGAUCCCCAUCACUGUUUACAUUUGCCUACGGAAUUUCACCCAGCAGCUUCGCAGUUCCUCCCUCACUCUCUUUGCGUGGCUUGGCAAGGUCACCCUGGAGACCUACAUCUCUCAGAUCCAUAUCUGGCUGCGGUCAAACAUGCCAAAUGGCCAGCCCAAGUGGCUUCUUUGUUUCAUUCCAAGUUACCCUUUGCUCAAUUUCCUGCUUACUACUGCCAUGUAUCUCUUUAUAUCAUACAGAAUAUUUGACCUGACAAAUUUGCUGAAGGCAACAUUCAUUCCGAGUAAAGACAACAAACGCCUCUUUCAUAAUCUUAUAUCUGGAGCUAUCGUUUCCUUCUGCUUAUAUUGUAUCUCAACAGUUAUUCUUCACAUUCCUGGGAUAUCGGGAUGAAGAGCCACAAUCUGCACCAAAAAAUGAGGUCUUCUGUUGGGCUGCCAAAUCUUUCGGUUUUGGCGAGACGGUUCCUGUUUGUCGCAACUUGUAACAUUCCGAUAAAUGCAAUUUUGGUGAUAAUUAUAUGCCUCAGUUAUACCAGACAACUUGUUUUGGCACACAAUUGGAGAUAAGUAUUUAGAAAGGUUAGGGGCAAUUUUAUUCAAAAACAAGCCAAUCUUUUGUGUUUUACCGAUAAUAUUGAAUGACCAUUCGUCACUAGUAAUCUGGUGGGGGCUUA